GCGUAGGCGGUUUCGCCCGCUGUUUUUGCUCGUGUGUGUGUUUCUUGUCCUGCGGCAUCAUGAGCGACGACAGAUCACAUAUGUCGUUCGCAAUAGUUCAUUUCCUUGACCGUGACGAGGUGGGGAUUGUACCAGUUUCUUGGAUCCAUGGAAACACUUGCAAGUGGCCAAACCUGCCCACUCACAUCGUUGAUAAGAAAGUAAAGAAAGGAUUGCCUCCUGGUGAAGAUUCUGACGACAUCGAAAUUCAAGUUAAAGGGCUAUUCAUGAGCUGGGGAGAAGCACGCAAGAUGCUGCCCGCUGCAGAAUAUCAUUCGGACUUGAACGAGAGCAGAUUGCCCCCCAAGCGAAUCAGGCGUCCAAGAAUGGUGUACAGUGAUGAUGAUGACGACUAUGAUUUUCCGCCUGUCCCACAGAAUUUUGCAGCCAAAGGAAAGCUGCCUGUUGCUGUUCCUUUGGACACUUCUGCACACAGCAGAAAGAUUGCAGGUAAUUCAGCUCGCACUUGGUCAGGCACGUUGUCAGACACUCUGGAAUCAUGA